GACAAUAAAACUUUUAAAAUCAUUCCCUUUAUUCCUAGAUACCAAAAACGAACAAGGAACAUAAAUUUUAUUCGAUGGUUUGGGUUCUUUGUGCUUCGUCUAGACUGCGUAUGUUGUGCGUGUGAGGUCCAUUACAAAAAAAGAAAUUCUGUAGAGAUUUAUUGCUUCAAUUCCUUAACCAGGCCGUAUUGAAAAUCUCUGUCGUGAGAGUGUUUGUGUUUAACAAAGAGUUUCUUUGUGUAUACAAAUUCUUUUCCUGUUCCUGCUUCUACAGCAAGCCACAGUUAUUUCUAGAUUGUUCGAAACAUACAUCGAAUACCUACGAUUAUCCGAUAAACUGUUUAUCUUAAUGUUGUAUGUAAGUCAGCGGUAUGCAUUUUUGGAUUGAUAAACGUUCACAACAAUGUGGAUUUGGGCGUUCACGUGUUGCAGCUUCAUUAUCUGGUGCAGGUACUGGCUUAGGAUUUGGACAUCCACCACGGAGAAUAGGUGGUAACAAAAUACCAUCAAUACAUAGGCAACAACAACAACAUUUGCAGCAUAAUCAAAGUUCGCAAAACUAUCAACAACAUUAUCAACACCACCAUCAUCACCCACAAACGCAACAGCAACAAUCAAAUAAUUCUACAACAAUAACAACAACAGCAGACUGCCAUUUUAGUAGAAACUUUCAACACAGCAGCAAUAAUAACAACUUAAAUAGUAAUGUUAGCUGCCAGCAGCAACAGCAACAACAGCAGCAACAACCGCAACAACAGCAGCAGUCACUACCACAUAACAAUCAACAUAUUAACAAUCUUAGCAAUACAAACAAUAGAAUUAACAGCAAUGCUCUACAAAUAACAUAUAACAUCAAUAAUAAUCCUCAACAUCAACAGCAAUAUUUCAUGCACCAACAACAGCAACAGCAACAACAACAGCACCACCAACAACAACAUCAACAACAACAACAUCAACAACAACAGCAGCAACUGAUACAGCAACAACAACUAAAUCAAAUCCACACCAACGGCAAUAAUAACGAUACGAACGCUACAGCAGCAACAGCAUCGACAUCAUCCAGUGCUGCUAUAUUAACUGGUGCCGGUACCACAAUUAUUCCGCGUACCACACGCAUCAAUCAUUAUCAUCGUAGCGCGCAAGCGCAAUGCGCCGCCGAUCUUGCUACACAACUAUGCAGCAGCGUCAAUGCUGGUAGCAGCAGCAACAGCAACCACAUUGUCAAUUAUCCGUAUGAUACGCGUAGUUAUCAUCAUCCACAAUUCGGAAACAUGUCUGUGCGUCACUAUCAACAUACUGCCCACGAUAACUACGCAGGGCACGCACAUCACAGUGCACUGCGAAACAACAUUCCCUAUGCGUCACAGCAACAGCAGCAAAUCACAAGUAAUGCAAAUACUGCCAAUAACAGUGGAACCGUUUCAUCCGCUCUAACGUAUCGUAGUGGUGGUAUUGCACCGAGUCAUAGUAACCAAACUGGACUGCAACAUCUCGAUCAGCAAACUUAUCGGCAGCAGCAACAAGUUUAUGGUAAUCCAACUAAUAACGAACACCCCCUAGCAUCGACAACUGCAGUAGCUGUGCAGCAGCAAAUCCGGCAAACCACCACUAGCUAUGUUAACACAAAUGCAAGCUCGAAUCGCACCAGCUCUUAUGGAAAUACACGUUCCGGUAGUACCGUCAAUACGGCGCUUGCCGCAAGUAAUAGCACCAAUCAUCACGUUCAUAAUAGCAAUAAUUCCCAAAUACUGCCAACACAUUUGAAAUGUGGAAUGUGCGCUUCCUUAGUUUUAGCAUCAAUUUUCGUUGCCGGUGCUAAAUUUUAUUUUGAUCAUCAAGGCAGUGGUCUGGAAAUACUGAUAUUUUGUGCUUUUUCUGCCACAUUCUUCCUAGCCGCAUGCACCGUUUCGCUGUGUCGCAUACCAAAAGGAUUAAUGCCGGCACGUUCAGGUGGCGGCACAUAUGACGAACACGGCAGAGCGUUGUGUACCCUAAACAGUGGAAUCGGUGGUGCUGGUGCUAGCCUAGGUACGAGUCACAUGCAUGGCGGUAUUUUUUCAGCAAAUGCACAUCGUAACGAUUCACAAGCAGCUGCGCAAGCGGGACCACCUCCAUACCAUAUUGCUAUAUUGCUGCCAGAAAACAGUAAGGAACUACCACUGGAUGAGUCACCGCCGCCGUCCUAUGAUAAAAUACUUAUAUAAAAAAAAAAAAAAUAAAACAAA